GAGAGCUUGACAGAACAUACAAAAACAAAUUCUCUCUAAAUUCCUAGAGGAUUGUUUCAAUAUUAUUUUCUCUUUUGCAAUCGCUCUUAAACAUAAAUGGAGAUUUGGAAAUUACAGCUUGUAGUGGUUACACUUUUUGCCAUGGUGUAUACUUAUGAAGGAUUGUCUUUUAGUGUUGAUAAGGAACACUGGAUAUCCAAAAACUGGCAGGAUGAACCGCUGGAGGAGAGAUUGUCCAGCCAAGUGGCCAAUCUCAUAAAGAGAUCUAAAUCUCGCCAGUUCUAUGGACUCAUGGGCAAACGAUCAGAUAUGAAGCAGCCUAUUAAAGUGUACAGACGACGAAAUAAAGGAGACAUGUUUGUUGGAUUAAUGGGCAGAAGAGCUCUAGGUAAAGAUUCACUCACAACAAUAACUCCAGCUGAAACAAGCACAAUAAAUUAUGUUUCAGAGGAUUCACACAAGCAACAAGAUUCGCAAGAGGAAUGGGACAAACUCCAAUAUUACUAAAGCUACUAAAAUCAUUAAAUGUUUACA